AUGUCGGAGUGCAAAUGGCACAGCGAUCAGGCCCUUUCCGGGCCCCGGGCCCGUGGCCGCCUCCUAACGGUGAGGAGGCGCUCUUGGAACCAUGUGCUGCCUCCGCCGCUGCCGCCGCCGCCGCCGCCUCCGCGAGACCAGCCGCCCGCGCGCCGCGCUGGAGAUGUUGACAGGACUGAGCGUCACGAAAUUCGGCGUUUAGGGUUUUUCCGCCACCGCUGCCACAGCCGCCACAGCCACCGCUUUGUCUUCGCUGGCUCACACAACCUGGACAGCCACGCACACUCCCCGACGCCCAAGUCCCCGAGGCCUCCGCGGCGCAUUCGGCCAAUCACAGAGACGCAGAUUCUCCCGCCCCCGCUUCGAUGCGACGCCUCCGGAUUGCUCGAAGAAGCCCUGGCGCGCCCUCCCCCCCUCCCCGGUCUGGUAGGGCGAAGGAGCGGGCGCGCGGUCGAUCGAGCGAUCGGUUGGCGGCUCUUUCUCCUGCUCUGGCAUCCAGCUCUUGGGGCGCAGGCCCGGCCGCCGCGGCGCGCGCCCGGUGGCCGUUGGCGCUCGCGCCGAGUCUUUCUUCUCGUACGCAGAACUCGGGCGGCGGCCUAUGCGUUUGCGAUUCGACGAGGAGUCGUCCGGGUGGUCGGUGGCGGCGGGCAGCUGCUCCGCCCCGCUCCUGGGGAGGCGGCGGCGGCAGGAUUUGGCGCGGCUGGGGAGGCAGGGGUGGCUGGGCCCGGCCUGGAGGCCUGGCGCCAUCCUUCGGGGCCUGCAAGGACCCAGUUGGGGGGACAAGAGGGGGCCGGGGGAUGGUUGGUGGUGGGCUUCCUACUUUGCCUUUUCCUCCUUAUGCCGCCUUAGUGAGGGGCGGGAGCUCAGGCGGCAGCUCCGGGGUGGGGAGACGAGCUUCGGAGUCGGAAGAGCUGGGUUUGCUUCCGGGCCUAGCCACCAGCUGGCCGAGUGACCUUAGGCAAAUCACUCAUUUGCGCCUCAGUUUCCUCAUCUGCCUAUCAAUGUUUGCGGGGUUUGAAAGCGCUUAGUAAACUAAAGCGUCGGUGUAAGAGAUGAUUAUCUUUUGUAAUGGGUUGUUUGUUUUUCCCGAGUUGUAAGAAAACAUAGCAAUUGCCCAGUCCUUGAAUUCAGAAGCUUGGAAUCAUGGAUUGGAAUUGGAGAUCCCCAGACUCCCUGAAAUUGUAUGCAGAAAUUAGUGGCAACAUGCAUUUUAGGGGAAUGAAGAUCCAUUCGCCAGCAAGUUCAAAAGGGGCUGGUCAUGACCCAGAAGAGUUAAGAACCGCAAUUCCUUAAUGCCACAGAGAGGAAACUGAGGCCUAGAUGUCAUUUGGGACCCUUCAUAACCAAUUUGAAACUCCCGUUUGAAUCCCUGGGAUAUGUGAGAUGUUUUCUAUGCAUAAUGGAUGUUCGGGGUAACAACACUCCACUGCUUGGCUUCUGAGUUGACUUUCCUUUCACAUGGGGUGCCUGAAGGGUGGCUGAUGCAUAUGGUACAAAGGCACCCAAUGUAAAGCAGCUAAAACUAGGAAUGGAUGUGUACUUGAGUGUCAAGAAGGCUACUGAAACUUUGGCCUAACAACUCUUGGCUUUCUGCUGCUUUCCUGGUGCCUGACUACCUUUCUGUUUCAUUGACCAUUUUCCACAACCAUGGCUGCCAUCCAUUACUUCUAUUUUAUAUUCCUUGUCUGUGUGGUUGGUAGUGAGCAGGCUUAUUUUUAAAUGAUGCUGCCAAGUCCAGCUAAUUAAUGGUGCAGAUGGAUUUGUAGUAAGCUGUCUCACUGGAAUAGAAAAUGAACCAGGCACAGAAUUCCUGAAGAUGUUUGGGGGUUUGUCUUUAUUAACUGAAGGUUACAUUCUCUGAAAAAUUUUGUUAGAACUUCUGCUGAACCUCAGAAUCAGUGGAUUUGGAAGUGUUUGGAAGCUUAACUUUUUCCUGGCCUGCUUUGUAUUCUGUUCGUUUGCAAGUGUGUUACUAAGAUGGCUAAAAUGCCAGUUUUUGCUUCUUUGUUUAAUUGUCAGCUGCUUUUAUCCAAUUCCAGGCCGUUAUCCAGCAAACACUAUUGAAAUGUUUGAACACUUGGAUUUCAAACAUUUUCGUUCUGUGGAGUGGUGCUUACCAGUGGUACAACUCUAAGCAAGCAAACACAAACACAUUUAAAUGUAUUUUUUCUGGUUAGAUGUUAGCCAGUUCUGCUAUUUCAUACAAAGUCUGAAAAAAAUCAGUUGACUUUCCCUUUACUUAAAGGGCAGAGACAAGUGGUCUCACUUCCAGAGAAAUGACUGUUUCAGAGAAAAAUGUGUUGGUCUUUCAGCUCUUUGGUAAUUAAAUCUGGAUGUACCUCAAAAGAAUCUUAAGACUGUGGUGGUAAGAUGCUUUCCUCAAGAGAAAGGAGGGAAAAAACAAGUGGAACUCAAAAGCUUGAAAUUUCUAUGACAAAAUAAGAGCACAUCCAAGAUAGGAGUUGAAAGGGUGUCACUACAGUGUUCUGCACUAGCUGAAGCAGAUGUCUUUCAGCGUAGCCAUGGUAUGGACUCCAGAUUUCCAGAUUUUCAAGAAAUGAACCUGCGACCUGAAGAGCUUUUCAAGAUGUGACAGGAGCCUCUGACGCUGGAUAUUUUUAUUUUGAGUUUUGAGACUGUUGACCUUGCUUUGAGAAAAAAGACAACUGAGCACCUACGGCCACCAGCGCUGUUGCUGGAAAUUCGAAGACCUUAGUUUCUGUCUGCCCUUCAGUGCAAAUUCUGGCAACAUUCCAUCCCAAGUGAACUACGUCCUGUGCCUCCUGAUUGCUGCGUGUUUACCUGGACCUUCUGACCACCUUCCUUGUGCUAUUCCAUCAGCCUGAAGAUCUGGUACCUGGAUUUUUUCCCAUGGUGAUUCCUACCACCUUACUACUGAAGAAGACACCAUUCCAGUGAACCACUGUGACCCAGAAGGCAUUCAGCCAUCAUGAUGUGGCCUUCACCUCUACUUCUGCCCUGUUCUACCCAGAUUCAUUCAGCACAGCCCUUUAAAGUGAAGUCAAAUUCCUCAGGCCAAAUAGCUGAAGCUAUUUUAUCUUAACAGAGGCCCAGUUUGUUCCUUGAGUAUGCAUUUUGUUUCUCCAGUUAAAGCCUUCAGAGACACCUAAUAAAUUUGGACCAGGGGAUUAUCAACACUGUUCGAAGAAUGGCAACACCUUUUUGAGAAUGACAUUGGACUACACCGCACAAUCUUACAUGGUUGAAGGUUGUGAAGUGUCUAGGAUCCCAUCCAGGUCACUGGACCCUGUUCUUUUUCCACUUCAAACCUCUAGUAGCCUACUGAAUGAGCAGAUACUCUGACCCAUUGGGAUCAAAACAAAGGCACAGUGAACUCUUCAUACCAUCUUCUUUGGGAUUACUCAGGAACCAGAACUUUACACACAAAUCUAAGAAAUUCUGCCAAGGAAUCCCUUUACCUAACAGCAUCUCACAAGCUCCAGUCAGAUUCCAGAAAAGGCCUCUUGAUACAUCCAGCAUUUUGUGAACAACUUACUCUUAGAUCAUUGGUUUUCCAAAGGCUUUGUGGCCAUGAAGCCCUUUGAAUGAAAACUCUGUGGAAGCCCAGAAUAAAAGUGGAGCUACUCUAGAUGAAGCAGGAGUGGGGGGCCUGAAAUCUGCCACAAGCAUCUUCCUUUACCAGCAUGGUGACACCUAAGGAGACUUCUUUACAACACCUAGAAUUCUUCAGAACACAGUUUGAAAACCACUGCCCUAGAAAACAGUAUGUUUGACCUGAAUGGCAUUCUGAUCUGUACUUCUACCCAACACAGCCCAUGUUUAGUUGAUGCUGAACAUUCUUAGGAAUGCUUAACUGUGGGCAAACUCAGAAAAGUGUAAGAAGAUGGGCAUAUCUUUGCCCCCAAGAGUAGUCAUACGGUCUGAAAGUGGUAUCAGAUGGACCUAGAUUAACAGCUCUCUACCCCAAGAAGGACUUCAAAUGAGGAGUGAUUCCUGGAAUUGGAUACAGCCAGAGGGCAAUUCAUAGUAUUUUACACUGACAUACCCCCUGGCCCAACUUCUUUCACAAAUACCGUAUGCUCUAGUGGUACUUGAAAUACAUGAUUUUGAAGUCUUGAGCCUCCUUGGAUACCUGAAUCACCAGGUAUUGAAGCUGGUAUUGAAGUUGAUGCCUCAUUGAGGCCAUAUUAGAUCAACUUACACAUUAGACCUCCCAUCAUCAGCCAUGGUACUCUACUUUGUGUGCAAGCGAUAACUGUUAACUGAAAGCAGAACUCAAAAUAUUGGCAACAUUACCUAAAAGGGUACCUAGUUAUCAUUCACCUUACUCUCAAACUAUAAGUUACUAUGAUUCAACCAGUGGCAGUUAUUCUGCACCUUGGUUUUUAUUCAGUUUAACUGCUGUUUCCAGGAUAAAUGAGCUAAUAAAGUUGAAAAAAAAUACCUCCAUCACUGGCUUAUCUGCCUAUUCUGCUCCAAAAUUAUGAAUACUCAGCUCUAACUACAUGUACACCUGAUCCACAAGAGACCAUCUUUGAACAUCCUUCUCACGUGUGUGAUUUAAAAUAUAGCCAUUUGGAAAUUUUUCUUCUAGCCAAUGAGAGAUGUUCUUUUAAGACAGGUCUUUUGAUUUCUGGUAUCAUCAACAGUAGGUGCUAGGGAUAUUUGGAGGUAGGCCAUUUGACCAGGUCAUGAUAGCUUACUUGCUGAGCAUCUCAAAUUGCAUGUCAUCUGCCUUUCUGCUGGAAAUGUAGGCUGACUUGAAAAAAAUCUACAAAGCUGUGCAGCUAAGGAUUUUAUCACUAGACUUACGAGUUUCCUGCUGCUGUUUCUGAAUGUCACAAGACUACAGCCCUUUGUCCUUAGGGAUGUUUUAUGGAAUUUCAUCUGUCUCAAUACUGUUUUACACUGAUUCAAAGAGGCUUACUUCAUUCCUUGCCAUGAGAUACUCUGAGACACUAAGAACAACUUACAUGUUUCUGCAGGAAGGAUUUGUUUCAUGAAUUCCCAGACCAGAUCAUGUCAAACAAGUAGACUUUGAUUUGUGUCAUGAGAAAAAUCUUUUUUUACUUCACAGUCAACUUAGAGGCCAGCUGUUCUCAACUACUAUAAUGAAUGCACUAGAUAAAUAUUGGAAAUGGUUUAUUUAUAUCUUUGUCGUCCUAGACUAAAUGUGGUUACAUAAUUUGGUCUACAAAUCGUCAAACAAGCUCUAAGUCUGGCUAGACUGUUCACCUUCAACAAAUACUAUUUGUAAAGAAGAAGUUACCUACAAACUCAAUUUUUUUACUGUCUUCAAAAUGUCAGCUCAGUUUUCUGUUUUUUUAAUAGAAAAAGACAUUGAUCUACACUGCCAGUCAUUCCCUUUAAUCCUGUCAAAAUGAGGGACUUAAGGUGAGGAUGAUCAUCUGUUCAAGAGUCUAAUGUACACUGUAUAAGAUUUGGUAGAUGAAGAAUCAAAAUGCCUAAAACUCAAACCAAGGAUCUUUCUUACGUUCUCCAUGCCUCGGAUUUCAUCUAAAUCUUUCAGCAACACUGCUCAACCAGUCUGAGGCCUUGACUUGUUUAUAAGAUGAUUCUCAGAAAUAGGCUGAGUUACAGAAGAUGGAGCCUUAAUUACCAAAGAAAGUAUGGUCAACCUUGAUGAACCUGGCUCUCCCAACCCUAUCACUCCCAGAUGUAGCAUAGACUCAUAAACAGAACCUGAAGUCUGGAUUGAGGAUAUAGCCACCUUCAGAGCUGAAAGUUCUUGGGCAGAUGGGCAGGAAAAUGAAAGCUACUGUACCUGACUGACCCUUUAAGAUCAGAAAAUUGUAUCCAGAAGAAACCCUAUGGAAACCCUGGAGUACUCAGGGUAAAAACUAAUUUACGGAGCCUUGAUAUUAAUCUGCCUGUUCUUCCAGGUCAUAUCGUGUCUGUUGGUAUGGCUGGCCCUGCUGAAGGUACCCGACUUGCAUUUUUACCUGACUCAGCCCUUCCUUACUGUUUUUGACAUGUUGAUGCAUUCUGACUGGCUGUCCUUGAGAAGAUGAAAACUGAUCUCAGCUGUUCUUACAUCUAGUUUUGAACAGAAGCAACCUGCACCUUUAUCUUACUAGACUUAAUGUUCUCAACAAUGAGGACCAUGCUGCAUACUCCUUUUUUUUUUUUUUUUUUUUAAUGUAGAGUAAGCUUCUAUAUGUCUAUAUAGUUGAUCAUUUUCAGCACCUGGGACCCUUUCUACCGGAUCUGAAGGAUUACAGCAGAUCAAAAGCGCUGCCCAUUCCUCUCUUCUGCAAUAAUACAGAGAUGAGUCUGAUUCACCAGUACUCACAGAAAUGUACCAGUUCAACUAGGCAAAAGACUUAAACCCAAGAAAACUUUUCCACUGCACUUAAAAAUUACCACUGACUUGAAUAGCCUCACUGUACUAUUUGCCAGUUAGGGGCUAGUUAUGCUUCAUGUCAGCAAGACAGUUAAGCUCUCAGACUAAUGACCACUGAGUUUACUUCAAUUGAAAUUCUAUAAUCAUCCAAAGUAUGCCGUUGGACAUGAUUAUUCCAUUCAAAUGGAUUAUAAGCUUCCUGAGUACAGGACAAACAUAGUCCUCAAAAAUUUUUUCAGAAUACUUUUAUUAUCAAGGAAGUAACAAUGCCAUUUGUUACUGUUCACCUUUAUGAGCAGCGAUGAAACUUUUUGACUAUCUGGUCUUAUCGUUGACAUCAGUUGUUUUGAUUGACCAGCAUCCAUUCCAUCCCUGAUGUUUCUUGGAACCACCUCUUCCUAUUUUCAGGCCUUGUGGUUCAGACAGUCUGACCUACCCUUAGGCUUCAUGGAGGGAAAUGCAAUUCAGAUCUGAUCAGCACAGUCCAUCUCCUUGACCAUAGUGAUUGGUUCAGGAAUGAUUCAUGUGAUUCAGAUUGAUCCAGUGAUGCUCAGUCCUGAGUUUUUCUGAACUGUGGAGGAGAAGCUCAGAAGCUCUCUUUACUGAGGUUGCUUUGCUUUGUAGGAUGAAACGCUCAAACCAGCAGGGCCUACCAUAUCAAAUGAGCCAGUCAGAGAAUGAAGCCAGUGUGAAGGGAAGUGGAGCCAAAUGAUGGAGAGACUUGAGUCCUGACGACAAUGUUUGUGCCCCUGGAUCCAACCGUGCCUGAAGCUAGUAUAUCCCCUGGACUUUUCAGUUAUGUGAACCAAUAAAUAACCCUCUUUUGCUUAAAUUA